UCACAACAACCCUUGACUUCCCUACCAACUAGCGGACAGAAAGACUGCGAAGACAUCAAGGUUCUGCUAACACAUCAGCCAAAUGACUUGUAAAGCAGAAGUUGAACAGAGAAUAUAAUCGGCAAAAAAAUGGCAGAUGACGGCAUGGACUACAAUAUUGUGUUUCCAGAUGCAUUGAUCUCGGAAAGACAUUGGCAUGGAACAAAGGAACCUGUUGUCAUACUGCUGGGAUGGGCUGGGUGCAAAGACAAACAUCUUGCAAAGUACAGCUCCAUUUACAACGAGCAGGGAUGUGUCACAAUUUGCUACACUGCGCCUUUGAAGACAGUAUUUGUCUCUGAAUCUUUUGGCUACAAGGAGCUGAGUAUCACUGCCCACAAACUGCUUGAGAUACUCUAUGAUUACGAUGUGGAAAACAGCCCCAUAUUUUUCCAUGUGUUCAGCAACGGGGGAUUCAUGCUGUACCGCUACAUGGUUGAGCUCUUGCAGAGUCAUAAACAGUUCAGCACCCUGUGUGUAGUUGGGUCUGUGGUGGACAGCGCCCCGGGGAAUGGGAACGUGAAGGGGGCGUUACGGGCCCUUACAGCCACUUUGGGAACCAAAAUCAAUGUGAUGCUUAGGUAUGCUCUCUUAGUACUGUUUGCGGUGACUGUUUUCCUGCUCAGAGUGGUUCUGUACCCCUUGACCAAGUACAUCCACAAGAAUCACUAUGAUGCCUUCCGGGACGUCCCUCCCACCUGGCCACAGCUGUACUUGUACUCCAGGUCUGAUCAAGUGAUCCCGUACACUGAUGUUGAGCUAAUGAUCCAGGUGCUUAAGGGUAAAGGCAUUCCUGUAGAAAGUUUUGACUUCAACACCUCAUCCCACGUGAGCCAUUUCUGUGACUUUCCAGAGGAGUACUCCGGGCGAUGUCUGGCUUUCCUGAACAACUGCAUGAAGGAUUCAGAAGGAACUCAAGCUAAACGGCGACAUUUGAUUCAGAAUUAAAAGCACACCACUGGUGUGAAAAUCUAUGGCACUUCUUGUUUUUGUGAUUCUACUGUAAUGUUACAUAUUUAUAAAUCUGUAUUAAGACUGGUAACAAAGUGCCGGCAAGAUGAAAAUGGAUUGAUACUAUUUGUGGGUCCUUAAAAUCUUUAGUCUACUGGUUGUAAUUCCAAGACAAUGUCACUGACUAAGAAUGUAUGUACUAACUAAACACGUGUUUUACUAUUGUGCCUUCCAUUCAUUUAAAAAAAGCACUUGGUCAAAAAUGCAUAUAUCUAGAUUGCUUUGUAAGAUUAACCAUUGUAGUUGCUAUGGCCCAUUAAAUGAUUAAGCCAAGUUUCUUGUGAAAUUCUAGGUUUGAAUAUUUUAUUCUGAUUACAUUUUGUCUUGUGCUAAAGUGGAGGAACAUUCCAUUUGAACUGUCUACUGAAAUAGUAAACAUUGCAUCAC